GCAUCGUGUAUUGUUGUUCCUCUAAUUUCACUAUUAUUCUAUUUUAAUGAAAACUUUUUGUGAAAUAUAAUUAUAAUCUUUGUGUUUAGUGUUACUUAUAUGAUAAAACUAUUUUAGACCCGUAAUACUUUUUUUGCGAAGUCGUCAUAAUCUAUCGUUUAUUUAAUUAAAGAACUUUUAUGAAGAAUUAAAAAAGUAUCAAUGACAUAAAUAAUAAGUAAAACCCAUCGCUAUGAUGAAAAAAAUUUGACACUUCCCUGAUCAUCGGUAAGAAAAAGGUACGGAAAGAACAAUAAAUAGCAGAGGGCUCUGAAAAAAAGGACAUUACAACUGUCCAAAUUUUAUUUUGUUUGCCUAAUUGAAGAAAUAAAAAUGGUAGAAAGCGACAAAACAACGAUAGACACAGUCCAAGUGGCCCUUCGGAUUCGACCUUUGAUGCAACAAGAAAUAGAAAGAGGCUGUGAUGAGUGUAUAGAAGUUGUUCCCGGAGAGCAUCAAGUUCAAAUAAAGGAUCUGGCAUUCACAUACAAUUAUGUGUUUGCACAACAUAUAAAUCAGCAGGAAUUUUAUGAUACAUCAGUGAAAGGUCUUAUAGGAAAACUUUUCCAAGGUUACAAUGUAACAAUACUGGCUUAUGGCCAGACUGGUUCUGGAAAGACUUAUACCAUGGGCACCAAUUAUUCUGGAUCCGAUGGGGACUCCACUAAACUAGGUGUCAUACCCCAAGCUGUAGCAGACAUAUUUGACUUUAUAGAAACCCAUGAAGAUAAAUUUGUCUUUAAAGUGUCUGUUUCUUUCAUGGAAUUGUAUCAGGAACAGUGCUAUGAUUUAUUAUCAGGGAAGGAACGUGGUCACAGUAUUAUAGAGAUUAGGGAAGAUGUAAAUAAAGGAGUUAUAUUGCCAGGUAUUACUGAGUUAUCAGUGUCAUCAACGGCAGAAACUAUGAUGGUUCUGGAGCGUGGCUCCAUUGGCAGAGUGACUGGCUCGACUGCCAUGAACCAGGCCUCGAGUAGGAGUCAUGCAGUAUUUACAAUAGUUAUAGCGAAAGAGAGCAGGACUAACAAGAACUUAGCCACAACAUCAAAAUUUCACUUAGUUGAUUUAGCGGGUUCUGAACGUAUAAAAAAGACAAAGGCAAGUGGCGAAAGAUUGAAGGAAGGUGUGAAAAUCAACCAGGGAUUAUUGGCACUAGGGAAUGUAAUCUCCGCACUUGGCGAUGGCACUAAUCGAAGUUUCAUAAGUUAUAGGGACAGCAAACUCACACGAUUACUACAGGAUAGUCUCGGUGGCAAUUCUCUCACUUUAAUGGUUGCGUGCGUAAGUCCAGCGGAUUACAAUUUGGACGAGACUGUCUCGACGCUGCGCUAUGCCGACCGCGCUCGGCGCAUCCGUAACAAACCUAUCAUUAAUCAAGAUGCUAAGGCCGCUGAAAUCAUCAGGUUGAAUAACUUAGUCAAUGAACUAAGACUGGAACUUCUUGGUAAAUUGCCGACAAUAUCCGAACAGAAUAAUGAACAGCUGCAGGAACAGUUGGAACAAGAGAAGGCUAAGUACGCCGAUCUACUGAAGAAGCACAAGCAAGUCACUGAACAUCUUAGUAAUAUGCUCAUAGAAAACACGAAUUUAUGCGAAAAAGCACUCUUGGCAGAGGCUGCAAAGGACAAAAUUGAACGGAAACUGAAUGAGUUGACAGAACAGUGCAACCAAACAAUAGAAAACCUAAAUAUAAGUGAGAAGGUACAAAAUGACGAAUCUCAACGAACUAGUGUUGUUGAUUACUUAAAAGAAAUUAAGACAAGAUUAGAAGAUCUGCAGUCUGUUAAUUUGAAGACAAAUGAAGAAUUAAUAGACCACGAAAUUAAAUUGUCAUUUGUCAAGGAAGAGAAUGACCAUGACAAGGUUGAUGAUGAAGUGUUGUUGAAUGAGGACCAAGCAGUAAUGGAGGAAGAGAAGAGAGCUAUGGGACAGGUGGCACUGAAUCAAGAGCUACAAGAAUUAAACAGAGCAAUGGCUAUAAAGGCUUCUGUGGUACAAGCAAUCCUCGCUAAUAAUAAAGACAUGCUGGACAGUCACAACAACCUACGAGAGAAUGAGGAGAAGAUUGCCCAGCUAGAGAAGGAGAAAGAUGAACUACUCCAACAGUUGAAGAGGACUAAGACUAAAGACCCAUCACACGACGAGCGACGCACGAAAGUGUCCGCCCUCGAGUCCGAAAUACAAGAUCUGAAAAAGAAAUGCCAGCAGCAAGCCAAUAUCAUCAAAACAAAGGAGAAGAAUGAAGCCAAGAUUGCAGCCCUUAAUGCUGAAUUACAGUCUAUGAAAGUCACUAAGGUAAAAAUUAUUAAACAAAUGCGGGAAGAGAGCGAGAAGUUCCGUAAGUGGAAGGCGGAUAACGAACGCGCCCUCCUGCGGCUGCGCAAUGAAGACCGGAAGCGCGCCACCGCUAUGGCCAAGAUGGAGUCGCUACACGCUAAACAACAGAACGUGCUCAAGCGCAAGAUGGAGGAAGCUGUUGCCGUUAACAAGAGGCUUAAGGAAGCGUUAGACAGGCAAAAGCAUACUGCGAUGAAGCGCAAUGCAAAGGGAAGCGUGAAGGCUGGCGCCGUACAACAGUACAUUGAGCAGGAAUUAGAGGUCCAUCUCAGCAUAGUAGAAGCAGAGAAGUCUCUUGAAGAACUUAUGGAGUAUAGAGCAUUCAUAACUGAACAAAUUGAGAGUCUCCGUAACAGUACAGAUGACGAAGCAAAUAGAAAGAAAAUUGCCGAGUUAGAAGACGACCUCGCAUUACGCAAGGCACAGAUAUCGGACCUGCAACAGAAGAUAUUGACAGCUGACCAAGAAAACAAGUCACGCACCCAAUGGGACAACAUACAGUCAAUGCUUGAAGCCAAAGUUGCCCUUAAAUGCUUAUUCGAGUUGCUUGUUGACUCGAAGCGUGAACUUCAGAACCAGAGCGAGAAGGGUUACCAGACCAGAUACGAGGAGAUAAAGGAAGCUCACGAUAGACUAAUGGUGGAAUUUGAGGCCAACAAAUCUGAGUUUGAAAGGCAACUGGCGAUGGUUAAGCUGCAAAAUGAACAGAAGCUAUCGGCAUUAGUGGCUGCACAGCGCGGUGUCAUCAGCAGAGGUGACAAGAACGAAGCGUGCAAGCAUCUGCAGAAUGUCAUUCAGUACCAACAGGAUAAGCUCGAACAAAUUGAAGAAGAAAAUAAAAAGCUAAUAGACGAGUUAGAACAACUUCGUACUGCUGGAAAGAAGGCAAAGAAGGUAAUAAAGAAGGAAACUCCUGUAGAAGCUAUAAAGAAACUGGAAUAUGUUGACAUCACUGAUGAAGAUGAUGACGAGUUUGAAGAUGAGGAGAAAGAUCCGGACUGGAGGGCCACGCCACUCUUCAAACGGAUACAGGCGCAGCGUUCACGUCUAACGAUGAACUUCACAAACCCCGACAUGGAGAGCAACGGGCGCGCCACGAAGCGAGGCAGCGACGGCGCGGCGCACUGCACGUGUCGCGGCAGCUGCUCCACCAAGAUGUGCGGCUGCGUCAAGGCCGACAAGGGCUGCGGCUCCACCUGCCGCUGCCAGCGCGAGCUCUGCAAGAACAGGCGCAUCUCUUCCGAUAGCGAGGACAAGGAGAACAAUCCGUCGAGUACUGAAGUGACUCUUGACACAACGCCGCGAUCAUUCUUCGACAAACGAUUCGAAACGUCAUACGAGUUGGAAAAAGAGGCGAAAUCAUCGAGUAGUAAUGAAAUACCGGAAAAAAAUGAAACAUACGAACGCAAUAAUACACGUUUGUUGCGUCCUGUACUCACAAGACGUGUACAGACAGACAGUCGCACGCAGAAGUGGAUGUUAGCACUGCUAUUGUACAAUACUUGUGUCGCUCCAAUAUCUUCAUACUGCGCAAACAAUAUAGUAGAGUAUGGGAUGGACGUGGCAAAAUAUAACGUUCUGACCCAUGUCUUCGGAUUUUUAAUGCGGGAGAAAUCACCAUGACGCAACAUUUGUAAAAAAGAAGAAAAGCUAUUUCUUCCCCCAUGAUUAGGGAAAUGUCGGACCUAAAUAUAUAAAGACUGAAUAAUCUCCAACAAAUAUAAUCACAGGAUUACUUAAUUAUAAAUUCGAUAGUGAAGAGUGCCUUGUAUUGGAUUAGGGUUGAUUUCUAUUUUUAUACAAUGUGAUCUAAAUUAAGUGUACAUGUAUUAACAAACUGACUUUUAUUUUUAUUAUUAUUGUUAUAUUAUGUAAUUUAAUUCAGGGAAUGAAGACAAAACCCACUAAAAUAUUAUGAAUAUUUCUAUAAUUUUUGUUUAAGUGUAAUUGUCUUAAUUCCCUGUAUUGAACGAAAAACAACUUAUUUGAAACAAACUUAUAGUAAGUAGUGUUUGUAAAUUAGUAGAGUAGA